AUGUGUCCCAUUCUAACACCAACCAACAACAACAACAAUAACAACAACAACAACAACACCACAACUAUUCAAUCCAUUCCCACCAAUUCAUUGUACAAUACUACUACUACUCCACAGACAAUCAACAGCAACAACAUGAUGAUGAAUAACAACCACACCUCUCCGAAUCAUCAAUUGAUUAGAUUCAACGUGGGUGGAAAAAUCUUUUACACCACUCGUGAGACCAUCAUGAAUUCGUAUCAUCACUCUGCCAUUUAUUAUCCAAAAGUUUCAUGUGGAACCAAUAACUCGCUGAAUGAUUCCAUGAUGUUUCCAGGCAAUUGUUGUCCAUUCUCUCAAAAGAUUCGAUCACCAUCGAGUCGUAGUUAUCAUUAUUCCUCUCAACAACUAAGUUCAAAUCUUGGUAGAAGUAAUGCACCAUCAUCUGGCAGCAGUGGUGGGGACUUGGAUCCGUCAGCUGUCAACGCAAGCUCUUCCUCCAUGUAUAAUUCUCUUUCAACCUUUGUUGAUAUGCAUAACCGCAAACAUCGAAUGAGUACAGCAGAUAGUACCAAUGCUCCCUCUCUCGUGGACCCUCAUCAUUCAACAAGUGCUCAUUCCCGAAAUAACAGCUUGUCUUCCUCGUCUCGUCCUGCCUCCACAACUUCCAUUCCGAAUUUUGAAAACUAUUUCACACGCCUACUCGAUGACAAUCAGCAUUUAGGAAUUAUUCGUGACGAGAAUGGAUGUUUCUUCAUUGAUCGAAACCCCAAGUACUUUGCCAUCAUUUUGGAAUACUUGAAAAGUGGAGAGUUAAACUUAUUCGAUUCUGCCGAGUAUCGUUCAAGCGAAUUGGACACACCAGAACAUGGAUUUCACGAUUUACAAUUAUUUGCUCAGAAAAUUAUUAGAGAGGCUGACUAUUUCAUGAUUGACAUUUCUGAUCAAUUAUUUAACAUUGUGGGAGACCAAUUAUAUGUCUCUGAAUUCUUCCAGGAUCGUACCAAUCGUUCGAAUCAACGUUGUUUGAUAUUCUUUGAUAAGGACUCACAUCGAAGACCUUGCUCAUUGUACAUGAGUGGUAUUUGGUUCGAUCAUCACAUUAUUGAUAAGGAGUGCUUUGUGAGAAAUGGAGUCAUUGAAAUUUAUAUGGAAGAGAACACCAUGGCAGGUACCAUGUUGACCAAUGAUUCUAUCAUGAUGAUGAACCCUAAUGCUGCCAAUAACUACAACAACAGUAGCAGUGGUUCUUCAUCUCGUGCAAGAAGAAACAAACAAAACAAUGCAUCCAACAAUCAAAAUUCCAAUUCCAACAUGGGUCAAGGCAAUGCCUCCGAUUUUGAUGCCUCCGAUUAUUAUUACUACUCUGAAACUCCCAUCAAUAAGCGUAAAAGUUUCAACUCGGACACGUUUUUCAGUUCUCUCUCCAAUAUGGUCAACAACAAUAUGAGCCAUGUGGCCUCACAAACCAAACAUUCCUUAGGAGGAGGAUCAGGUACAGGAGGAGGACCUCUUCGUCUCCACUUUGUCAUUCAUCCACAAGUCGACGUGAAGAGCAAUGAGAAGAGAAGUAUGAUGAAUUUUGUUGGAAUGGAUCCUUCCAUGCUUGAUUGUUACAUUCAUCAGUCUUCUUCUUCGCCAUCAUCAUCAAUUACAACAACCACCACCACCACCACCACAACAACAGUCACCUCUCAUCCUCUUCCUCAUGAAGCACACAACACCAAUACCGACAUUCAUGGCAAAUCAAGCACGGCAGCCGAUGAAUUUUCCUCUCUCUUCUCCACGUAUGGCAUGCUUGGAGCUUCUCGAAGACUCUCCAUGGAAUUUCCUCAAUUGGUUGAGAAUUACCUCGUCGUGAAAGACAUUAGUUCCUUCCGUCGUGAAUUUCGUCUGAAGGAAAUGGAUGAACCAGCCACACCCAAAGCUCAAUUCAAUAAGAAGUAUUUCAAUCUUUCCGACUACAACCAUUCGGUCAAGUUGAUACGAGAUGACAAGGAUCUAGAGCAUGUCAUUGUCGUGGAGACCUUUACUCAAAUUCCCGAAAAGUUCAGUGAAGUCUUCGCCUCAAUGGGAACCUCUCCUGGUAGUGCUAUUGGUAGUAAUGAGAACAACCGAAGAGUUGGCAGUGAAAUUCCCCUCACCAUUAGUGGCUCCUUAGAUGAUUCUCGUGGUGGUGGAGGUGGUGCUAGCGGUAGUGGUAGUGGUAGCAGUGGUAGUGGUAGUUCCACUCAUCAUCAUCAUCAUGGUUAUGCGACUACUGGAAAUUUCGAAUCGGAUCAGUACUUGGAAGUAGCCAGCAGUGAUGAAGAUGAAUUUUCAGUCCCUCAAUUAGCCUCCUCCAAAAGAAAGAGCAUCAAUCCCAACGUUCUUCAAAAGAAUAAGAGUGGUACCGUCUCACGUACGAUGGAACAAACCAAAGAGACUCGUAUGAGAGUCAUUCGGAAUAAUUUCUUUGCCAAGAGCAAACGUGAGUUUUUAUAUAUUGAGAGUAAGAAUAGAAUUUAUUGGGCCUCUUAUUCAAGAGGGUUGAUUACUUUGGAGUUGAGUAAUAAGAACUUGUAA